UACAGGCUUUGGUAUGGUUUUGCUGUUGUCUUCCUGUCUGCCUGACUCUGCAGUUGGCACUAAGCCCAGCAGCUUCCUGUUUAGUUUAGUUUCAUUUCUCACAAACAGGCUAGGAGGGUGUUGUUUCUGAAGCCAUGGCAGAGGCAGAGGAAGAAUUCAGAGCAGCUGCUGAGCUGGAAGAUGAGCUCAGCUGCCCUAUCUGUCUGUGCUUCUACAGGAACCCUGUCUCCCUGAGCUGCCAUCACAGCUUCUGCAAGGAGUGCAUCCAGAAAGCACUGGCUGCACAGCAGCAAGCCAAGGCCACCUACUCCUGUCCUAUGUGCAAGGUCCAGCUGGGGCCCUUUCUGGAGCUACAUAAGAACUUCCAGCUCUGCAGCAUCGUGGAGAAGUUCCAGACGGCUUCUUCAAAGGGAAAGCAGGGCAAGGAGAAGGCCUCUCCGCAAGGGAAGGAGAUAAUCCCCUGUGAUUUCUGCUUGGAGCAGCCUCACACAGCAGUGAAAACCUGUCUGACCUGUGAGGCAUCUCUGUGUCAGGCCCACCUGAGCAAACACAAUGCCAAGGCUGCACAGAAGGAUCAUGUCCUGGUGGAACCCAGUGACAGCAGCUCCCUGCAGGAGAGGAAGUGUGGCAAGCAUGGCAAGCUGUUAGAGUGUUACUGUGAAAAUGACCUGGCCUUCGUCUGUGUGAUGUGCUCUAUCGCAGGCUCCCACAAGGGCCACAGCAUCAUCACCCUGAAGGAGGAGUAUGACAAGGAGCUGGUUGUUUUCUCUGACACUAUGAAACUGAUGCAGGAAAACAAAAGUGCUAUGAAUAAAAGCUUAGGGGAGCUUCAGAAGAGUGAGAAUCAGCUCCAGCUCAAUAAGAAAACUUUGGAUGCUCAGCUGUCAAACCUUUUCAAAGAGAUCAAGGCAGAGGUGGAUCAGAAGGAGAAGCAGAUUCUGGCUGACAUACAAGCCAGUGAGAAAAAGCAGCUGUCAGACAUUGCCACACUGAAGAAGCAAACAGAAAAGAAGAGAGAUGAGGCUGCGAAGGAUCUUCAGGACCUGCAGAGGCUGAGAGCGCAAACAGACCCUUUCCAGUUCCUCAGAGCAUUUAAACUGGCACAAGACAGGAUUAAUAACCAGGAUUUCAGCACUGACAGCGUGGAUGUAUUAGCACUGCAGCUGGAUCAGGCAACAAUUGCAGCUGCUAGAAGCUGGACACAGCAGUAUAUCUCAAACCUAGAUUCACUGAUGCAAGAGGUGCACAGUCAAUUCAUUAACCAAACACAGAGGAACAGAGCAGCUCCAGACUCCAGAGAUCAUUUCCAUUAUCAAGGUAAUCCAUACCAUCUUUUCUUCGAUGAACAAAAGAUGUUUAAUUUUGGAAAUCCCCAUUUUUCAUGGAAAUAGACUGGGAACACAAGGCAGUGAAUGCAGGUGAAUUCACAGACACUGUCAGCUCUGUUCACAUUCUGGUCUGGACUCAGUGGGCCAUGUUCAUUGGAAAGUUGAGAGUUCGCUACCCACUAAUGGCACAGAUUCAACAAGCAGGCUCACAACUGGGCAUUGCUUCUUCUCAAAACCUGCCAAGUGAAAUGUUGGAAAACAAAAGAAAAUGAUGAAAACAAUAUCUCCAAAACAAGACUGUGAAGAAAUAUUCCCCAGGAUUGUCAACAGAACGUUGUUCAGAAUUGAGUUUCUAGGGUUGAUGUUUGCAGCCUUUAGGUUAACCUGGUGCCAUUCUCAUUAAAUUAGGGUUUAAGGACUAAACUACCAUACAGAAAGCGUAUUAACUGAAUAAUGCCUUACCGAACAUGCUCAAAAAGGUAAAAAGAGAGUUAUAAAGAGAUAUUCCAGUCAUUUUUCACACCCUCUUCAUGAAGUCAACUUUGUUUUGUAAUCGCUUUGGCAUGAAAUGUAUCGAGCAGUUGAGCUCCAAGCCACAGAUUUUCCAGCCACCCUGCGUGUCUCUGAAUCACUAAAGCAAUUUCCUUAAUUAAACUGAGAUUGUAAAACUCAAAGUCUGGAAAAGCCCCCACAGUUGAUGCAGUAGUUUCCCCAUCUAUAAAUGAAGGGCAGGGAUACUGUCCUACCUCCCUCAGUGUUAAGUAUGAUCAUUAGCAGCAUUUUUACAAAAGACAAAUAAACCUCAUAACAUCCCUGUGAGGCAAACAUUAUUCAUUAUUUGUACUAUGUAGUGUUUAGGGUCCCUAGUCAGAACAAGAACAGUCUCUGCUGCAAGGGGCUUACAGUUAAGUAUUAGACGAUAGAGGGAGGCAGACAGACAGGCAGGCUGGGGAUUACAAGGAAACAAUGAGACAAUAUUGGUCAUCAGGAUAGGCAAUGAUAGGGAUUAUCCCAACUUUACAGAGCAGGGAGGUUAAGCAUUUGCCUGUAGUCACAGAGGGAGUUUGCUGAUGAGAACUCUGCGGUUCCUGACUCCCUGUCCUAUGCUCAGCCACACCUACUGCCUUUCUUCACAUGCUUCUCUGUGUGUUUAUUGCCCUCCCCCGCCCAUUUGUAAUAAUCCUCCUUGUGCCUGUGUGGCAAUAGGCAGGGCCUAAAUAAAUUCAAACGAUCACUGCAAAUACUAGAAAAUGGACAGAUGGCCUCAAAUGCAGCCCUGGAAAGUGCAAGGAUUUCUUUCAUAGCAUGUAGCUCAAUCAGAUUUUACCAAGGUGCAAAUUCAUAAAA